CGGAGGCAGAUUUCAAACGGACGUGAGUUCUUGUCUGUAAGUGUUGUGAAGUGUUUCAUAGACUUACUUGUUGAGUUUCUUGAUUGUUGAGUUGAUUAAUUAAAAAACUGUGUCUUCUAUUUAAAAUUCCUUCCGAAAUCUCUCUGUGGUGUUACAGCAAUAUGUGAUAAACUUAUUUGAAUCUUAUGACGGUUGUGUUACUAGUCUGAAACAGUUACUGUGAUUUUUUUGUGUGUUACUAAAUGAUACUACGUUAACUCGUUUAUGAUUUAUGGAUAUUUUUGCUUUUAUUGAGGUUGCAUAUCAUUGGAUAUAGAACUUAAAAAUCUGUGUACUUUCAACUCUUUUCGUUUAGAGUCGUUUCUAUAUUGACAGGUGUACAUAUAACUUUGCGAUGGAAAAUACUACGUUGCAAGGUCUCCUCAGCGAAUCCGUUUGCAAGAAGCCAGUAGUCAUAAGGACAGAACCAAUUGCUGACAAGUACACUGUGGAGACGAGACCAUUUGCCAGAGGCAAGUUUGCGACCGUGCGGCGUUGCAAGCAUAAGGAAACAGGACUGGAAUAUGCGGCCAAGUACAUGAGGAAGCGAAGACGAGCUGCUGAUGUUCGUCACGAGAUUCUACACGAGGCCCAUGUGCUCGAAAUGAGUGCGCAACAUCCUCACAUAGUGCAGCUGCACGAAAUAUACGAGACUCCAUCCGAAAUUAUUCUCGUUCUCGAAUUGUGAGUUAAUUUUUUACAGCUUCACUAUUAAACAUAUAAAAUUAUUCAUUGUUGAUGAUCUUGUUGGGUAAUGUGUAACUUCCCUACAAACGCAUAAUACA